AUGUGGGGAGUAUCAUACUGGAUAUUCCCAGUUAUUUCUGGCCUCUGCUGGCUAGGUAUGCUAAUGGGCCUUCUCAUCCACUGGAACGUGGAUGGAAAACCUCAUUACGCCUCUAUGGACGAAACCCAAACAAUCGCCUACAUCUCCGACGUGGGCGCUCAGUCUCUCAAACCUCUCUUCAUCGCCGGAAGCGUGGUCACCACCGUCUUCCUCGACUUAUCAUUCCUCUCUGAACGAUUCCUACGACACCAGGGUCGUCUCGCUAGAAACACCAGUAUGACGCAAAAGAUAUUGAGUUGGUUGAGCAUUGUGGCUGCGGUUGUAGGCACAGUCGGAUUGAUCUGUUUGAGUAUCUUUGAUACUCUAAGACAUCCAAGUUUACACGACGUAUUUUUGGUUUUGUUCAUUGCUGGAUACGUAGUAUCUGCAAUUUUUAUUUGCGCUGAAUAUCAGCGUCUCGGAAUUCACUUCCGACAACACCGCAUCCUCCGCAUCUCAUUCUGGAUCAAGCUUUUCUUCAUUCUAAUCGAAAUCGCUCUUGCCAUCGCAUUCGGCGUGUGCUCCCGCACCGAGCGCUACAACCCAGCCGCAGUCCUAGAAUGGGCCAUCGCCUUCGUCUUCACUUUCUACGUCUUCUCCUUCUUCAUCGAUCUCCUCCCAGCUGUCCGCACCAAGCGACACGAACAACGCUUCGGGAAAGACGGAGAGCCUCUAGGACAACAUUUCGGAACGGGCCCGAAUGAAACAGCUAUGCAGAUGGAACAAAAUGAUGGAAUGAGCAACAUGAGAGACAGCCAGCAGACGAUGGUCGGAGAGGAUACACGCACGGUCAAUAACGUCACUUAUAAAACUCGGGAAGGUGUCCCGAUUGGAAGCAAUUUCUAA